GCUCGAUUUGCAGACAUAGAAGCUCAGAGCCCCAAGAUCGAUUUUGACUCUCUCGUUCUCUUUACCCGGGUGUUAUUUAUUUAUUUGAGAGAUGGACAAAGACCUGCCCAGUAUAAAGAAAUGGGUUGUGCUGUAUCCGGUUUAUAUCAAUUCUAAGAAGACUGUGGCUGAAGGGAGGAGAAUAUCUCUUGAGAAAGCAUGUGAGAAUCCGACUUGUGCUGAGAUUGGGGAUUGCUGCAGCCAUUUCAAAGUCCCGUUUGCAAUUGAGAUAGAUAAGGCUUAUCCACGUGAUUUCUUUCAAAGAGGGCGCGUGAGGGUAUUGCUCAAAAAAGCAGAUGGAACUCCAUAUAAUCCAGCUAUUGCUACCAGGAAAGAGCUGAUGCUUCGAGUCGCUGAGUUGGUUCCUAGACAUCCUGGUAGGACCAAGAAGCAGGAAUCAGCAUCUGCAUCUACUGCUGGGCCUUCCAAAUCUGGGAAGCAUGGGAAGAAAAAGAGAUAGGAUCCAUUGUACCAUCCUAGUUUUCAUGUGUUCACUUUUGUCAGCUUAGACAUUCAGAUGGUAGUUUAUGCUGGAAAUACGUGGACAGCAUUGUCCUAUUUGUUGAGGAUGAUGUAUUUGGUUUGUCUAGAUACUUUGAAAAUUUUUGUGUUUCACCAAGACAAGAAUAGAAGUGUAACUUGACUACCAACUCUCGACUUUUUUGAAUGAUAUUGUUGACAUUGUGAGAGGA